AUGUCAAGACGUUUGAGAAGUGCGAAUAUAUUAUUAGAGAGAAUAAAUGAUAUCGAUGCAGAAUGUUCUGGAGAUGAUCAGGAAAUUCUGGAUAUGGAAAAUGACAAUACGGAAAAUUAUGAUCCACUUGAAACCGACUCGAACACUGAUGAGAAUAUUUCGAACGUACGUAAACGACGAAAGAGAAGGAGAUUUUUAGUUAGUUCCGAUAGUAAGAAUGAGGAAGAGGCAAGCAAAAUUGCGAUGGACAGAACUGUUUGACAGGAAGUAAAAAUAGGUUCUAAUCCUGGAAGAGCACUUCGUCAUAAUAUUUUUAGGGAAGCAUCAGGCUCGAGUGGGUACAGUAAACGUAUAAACGGCGAAGUUAGGACGGCAUUUUCUGUGAUUAUUGAUAAUGAUGUAGAUGUAACCGAUCAAAUGGCCAGAAAUUAUUCGGUAAAAUCUAAAUCUCGGAGAUGGCCUUUGCAAGUAUUUUUUAAUAUCUUAGAUUUAGCCGGGAUAAAUGCAUGGGUGUUAUAUAAAGAAACUACGGGAGGAAAAUUGCAAGAUAAGAAUUUCUAUUCCAAUUGGCAAAAGAACUUACCAUCGAAUACCAACAAGAGCGCGGCAAAGAAAAUCAACCAAUACCCAUCGAAAAUACAAGUACAGGUUCCCGUCGACGGAAAACAUGUCAGAUAA